ACUCUUGAGACAAAAUGGGCCCAAAAAUGACAAAAUAAAGUCGGGGAGGACGAGGUCUAAAUCUUUCGGAGACAAGAACUACUACAGUGACCCACAAAAAAUCUUGACCGUAAUCGAACAAAGCUCGGCAACGAUCGGAGGUUCCGGCGACGACAAUACCAGAAAAUGAAAAAAGGAGUGCAUCCUCAGUUGCAAUGGAUAUCCUAUGUUACCCAGAGUGGCCGUUUGAUGAAUGUCAUGAUGACCAAAAUACAUAACAUCGGUAAAGUUUACCACAUCAGAGCAAGGCGGCAGAUGGCUCAAAGUGUUGGCCAGAUUGCCAAGUAUAAGCGGCGUUAUCAACAGGAGGAGGAAAAGGAAAACGAAGGGAAAUGACUUCUUAAAAGGCAAGUGGAUGGUUGGUUGUGCUGUUAGAUUGUCUAUUUCCAUAUUUGUGGUCAGCCACGAAUUCCAAUAUUUCUGAAUUUUUAUGUCUCAUAAUCUAUUUCUGAAUUUCUGUGUCUCAUAAUCUGCUGGCGCCUGGCUGCUUUGAAAUAUCUGUUUUUUGUUUCAUGAUCACCAAAUUAGUUGCUAAUUGUAUUUUUAGGAAUGUAUUUUUGUUUCAAUGAAAUACCUAUGCUUUUACCUUGA